GGCAACUAUCAUAAUGGAAAGUGGAAUAUAAAUGGGAACAAUUUGUUCCCCUUUUUAUAUUGAAAAGAAGAAAUUAACCGCGAAGUAUCAAAUAAUAACUGAACUUUUAAUAUUUUUUGAGUGUGUUAAUAUAUUAAUUUAAAAAAACUCGUCAAUAUUUGGGGACUUUGUAAGUUUAUCAUUUUGUUUUGUUAUAGUUUUGGGUAAUUUUCAUAUUAAUGUGAUGGCGCGCCAUGCUAAUAUUGCCACUCAAAGUCAAGCCUCUAGUAUUUGGGACCAAACUCAAAGUCAACCAAUGGAGAAUAUCAUUUGGGGACGUCUGUAUGGGAAGAAUAUUAAAAUGAAUUCUAUAGAUUUAAAUAUCGAUGAAUUUGCAGCUGGCAGAGGUGAAACUUGUAAUUUAAUGUUAACUCUCGACUAUUUGCCAGAAAAAAUUCUAUAUCGCAUAUCGAAGGUACAUUUUACAUUGAAGCGGGAAAAUUGUGGUAUUUCCAAUCCAGUUUAUAUUGAAGACAACUCUCGUAAUGGGACAUUUAUAAAUGGUGAACGAAUUGGGAUGAACAAAACGAGAAUUUUGAAAAACGAUGAUGUUAUUUCUCUUUGUCAUCCUACGAACAAAGCCUUUGUAUUCAAAGAUUUGUGUCCAAACGAAGCAUUAGGCUUACCUAAAGAAAUCACAUCUACUUAUUAUGUGAGUCGCAAAUUGGGUUCUGGUGCUUGCGGGUUGGUCCGUUUAGUUUUUGAUAUACGUUCAUGUGAGCAGUUUGCAAUGAAAAUGGUUAAGAAAAAUCUACUAAGCGAAAGUAGUGCUAUCAGUCGUAAAAAACCAUCAAAUUCCAAUGACCCUGAAAAGGUCCUUAAUGAAGCGAACAUAAUGAAGAGUCUUUCUCAUCCCUGUGUUAUCAAAAUGCAUGAUAUAUUGGAUAAGCCAGACUCUGUUUAUAUGGUGUUGGAAUUUAUGAAGGGGGGCGAUUUACUGAAUCGAAUUAUAACAAACAGAAAUCUCUCAGAACCGAUAUCCAAAUUAUUUUUCUACCAAAUGUGCCAUGCUGUUAAAUAUUUGCACGAUAAAGGUAUAAGUCAUCGAGACUUAAAACCAGACAAUGUAUUACUGGAAUCUUCGAACGAGGAAACUUUAUUAAAAGUUUCCGAUUUUGGUCUAAGUAAACUCGUGCAAAAUGAUUCCGUCAUGAAAACGUUGUGUGGAACCCCAUUGUAUGUAGCACCUGAAGUGCUACAAACCGGUGGACGAGGGGCUUACACAAAAAAAGUUGAUAUCUGGAGCCUUGGUGUUGUUCUGUUUACUUGUCUAAGCGGUACUUUGCCUUUCUCAGACGAUUUUGGUACACCUGCUAGUGAACAAAUAAAGCACGGACGUUUUCGCUUUAGUCAUCCUACAUGGAAAAAGGUUUCUCAACGUGCUACUACACUUAUAAAAGAAAUGUUGGUUGUGGACCCUAAAAAACGGCCAAAGAUUGAUGAUGUUCUGAAGAGCAGUUGGCUUAAAGAUAAUGAAAUGUUACGUAAAGCUAAGGCAUUAAUGCAGUUAAAUACAAUGGACAUUGAUGAGGAAGAGGAAAACUUUUUACAACCACCUAAAAAGCGGGCCAGGAGAUAAACUAUUACUAUUUGUUUUAGGUAUGUAUAUUAUGUUUGUUUAAGCAAGUGUAUUUUAUGAACUGUUUUCAGUGUAAUCUGUGUAUCACAGAAUUAAUUAUUUCUUAUAUUAUUGUCUAAGAAAAAUGUAUUUUAAUUUCAUUUAAUUAAUCAGUGUUUGAAUAUGAUCAACGCAAAGUGAUGCUAUAUACGGCAAAUGAUACUUUAAUUUGAAAUACUUAACUUGACAUGCAUGAAUUGUUUGAUAUUACUUAUUGCGCCAUAUCUAUGAAUAAAAAUAAGAAAAUAGUUAAGUUUUUUGUUAAAGGCUAUUAAUAUGCGUUUUUAUGUUUCGUUAAUACUUUUUAAAACUAUACAAAAAGUUAGCUUUAAGUUAUACAAUAUUAUUUGUGUUCAAGAAAAUGUGUAGAAAAAUGUCAUUCGUACAGUUGCUAUGAGUGUCCAGUUCUAUACACAAUUCAAUGUGGUUGAAUUCCAAUAUAAAUUGUCAUUAAUAUUUAACAUGAGAUAUGCAGACUAAACGUGAUAAUAGGACCUGUGUGCAUUAAUCUUAAUACAUACACAACUUGUUUGCAUAUCUUGAUAUACAAUAUUUAGAUGUAUUAAUAUUUGAAUGUACAAAACAAAAUUACAUAUAUUAAUAAACGAAAGUGACUUUGAAUUCUUGACAUAUUUGGUGUGGGCCACUUAAAAACGUCCCAAUAAAACAACCUUUUUCAAAAGUAAAUAUAUAAAUUGAAUUUUUAAGUGUAAAGUCGAUUAAAAUGUUUAUAAGUAAGUAAUAAUGUAACUAAAAUGUAACACAGCGAUUCAUUAUUUAGCAAACCUGAAUGAAUUAAAAAAUGUUUAAAAACUU